AAAUCAAAAAAGAAGAAUUUUUUUAGUUAAAACAAAGUUUAACAAAGAAAAGAUUCAAAUGUAUGGAUGUUGCGAGAAGCAUGCAGGAACAACAAAAUUUAUGUGAAACGCAGAAGAUUCUUGCACACUUCUUUUACGGGUUCACAUUGCUAAUAGCCAGGGUGGAGAGUGUGAACAAGUGAAACGCAAUUUCCAAAUGGAAAAAGAGAUGCAUGCACUUAACACACGGCAAAUGCCCAGUAAAUAUUAUGGCUAACACAUCAACAGUACGGGAAGAAUAACCUUUAACAGCAAAAUAAAAUAAAUAUGGUUGGUAAGCCGGAGGAGAAUGGCACAACCUUGGACAGUUCAGUUGUUGUGGCAGAUGAACUUUUGGAGAGACAACUAAAGGGGAUCAUUGAUCAGCAAUUACAUGAACUUGGCUUUACCAAUUUAUGCCAAAAAAUUGCACACAAUAUAGUUGAGAAAGUGCAACAGAUUGAUGAGGAACAUAAAGAAAUCAAGCAAAUGUUCAGUGAUAUUGGUGCAAGAUUGGAUACACUACUGGCUGACCAAGAGAAUGAAUUGGAGCAAUCGCAUCUGCUAUCACCAGAUAAGAAAAAACCACGUGUUGAAGACACUCAGUCAAACAGGGCAGUUAUUGUUAUUGAUGAUGAAGAUGAUGAUGAUGAUCCCUCAGAUGAAUCUAUUAAAUCUAGUGUUCCAGUUACUACACAAGUACCUGGAACACCUGCACAGGUAUCUUCUUCACCUGUCCUGCAGAUACCUCCAUCUCCUGUCCAGCAACCCUUAACAAUAUUCGAGAAACAAAAUAGUAUGGUUGAAAAGCCAAAUCCACCAGGUAUUUGUGUUUCGCCGCAGGUUACUGCAAAUAAACCAUCUGCCAUUUCUCAAGCUUCAAAGAGUAGUGGUAAUAAAAAGAUUGAGAGUGUCAUUAGCAAUCUAAAAGCUUCGAAAAUCAGUUCUAGUGUAGCUGAACCAAGUAAUUUAAAUGAUUUAUUUGCAAAUAAUCAUACACCACCUAAAUCAUCUAAUUCAAGCGUUUCAACUGGAACCAGUCCACUUUCCACUGUCACUUCAACAGAUAAAUAUAAUGGUGCUUCUAAAGUUCUCAAUAAUCAAAGUGAGGAGAAAAAGCUCUCAAAACUAGUGAUGCCAACUUCAAAGAAUACUGAAAAUAGUCCAAAUUUAAAAACGGAAGAUUGUCCUCCUGAAUUGAGUAAACCACCCGUGAAAGUGAACACACCUGGUGACUGUCCACCUGAUAUUAGUAGCAGCAUAUUUUUUCCUAAUCAAUCUCCAAUAGCAAAUCUUACUCCAGUUGUAACACCACUUGAAGAAUCUGAUAUUCAGGAAGAAAACCAAUCUGCCUGGUCAAUUUUUACAGAACAAAAAGCUGACUUAGACAAGGAGGUUAAAGAUGACCCUUUCAUGCCCGUGUUGUCAGAGGACUUAAACAUGCAUGAUUCAGAAAUAGAUAGCAUAGACAAUGAAAUGCCGUUUGUCAAGAAUAGUGCUGAUGAUUCACAAAAAGAUAGUCCUGGUAUGUAUGCAUACGACUCUGAAGAUGGUUUUGAAGAGCCUUUGAAAAGUCCAGUUAUCAUGCAAACAAAUACAACUUCAAAACUUGUUACAAAGAUCAAACUUCCUGAAGAUUUUGUGCAUAUGGAUUCUGAAGAUGCAAUGUCAUCCACAGAAACGAGUGAAAACGGUAAAAAAUCUACCGAGCAGAAAAAGAGUGUGUUUCAAUUCAAGGCUGGAUUAAAGGUUUUUGCCAAACCAGAUAAAAGUGAUAUAUGGUAUCAAGCCGAAACAGUCAAGGAGGCAGCAGGUACAAAGAAAGAGAAAAAGAUUUUGGUUCACUUUUUAUAUGGACAAAAGCUUCAGCAAAAGAUUUCAUUGAAAAAUGUUGCUUUAUGUAAUCCUUCUGUUAGUGAAGAGUUGGAGUUGGGAUGUCGCAUAGUUGCUGGUCGACCAAGUGAUACUGUCAAUUCUACCAUUUCAAAAAAAUAUAAAGACAUCAAUACAGGAACAAAUGUUAAUGUCAUGUUUGCUGGAGUAGUGGCAGAAAUAGCAUGUGAAGAAAACAAACACAGAUAUCUUGUUUUCUUCGAUGAUGGUUAUGCACAAUAUCUUUCCAGAAAUCGCAUGUUUACAGUUUUAGCAACAUCGAAAAAUGUUUGGAAUGAUGUAGCUGCGGAUUGUCAAGAAUUUAUAAAAGAAUAUUUGCAGGAAUAUCCAUAUAGACCCUUGGUUUGUACAAAAAUUGGGAAUACUAUGCAAACAGAAUGGAAUGGUUCUUGGUGGAAAUCAAGAGUGAUUGCCAUUGAUGCAUCUUUAGUUAAGAUUUUAUUUGAUAUUGAUAAAAGAUCAGAAUGGAUAUAUCGAGGUACUACACGAUUGGAACCAAUGUAUGAUCAUUUCAUCCCGACGCAAGGGAAGAAAAAGAAAGCGAAGAUGCAGAAAGAAGGAUCCUAUGUUGAUGAGAAAAUAACACAUCCACGGUUUGGUGUUUGCAAAUACAGCUUAAAAGACCCAGAAGGAAAACAACAAAGACGAGAAUGGGGAAUUGCAAGUCCUGUGUUAAAAAUACAAUCUCCAAAGCCAGAAAAUCCAAAUGUUAUGACAGCUGGGAAAGCGGAACUUUUUUCCAAAAUUGCUCUAUUGAAAGAAAAGCCUUUUGGUGAAAAUACUGAGACAGUAAAAAUGAAGCGUUCCUCAUCGGUGCUUAGCUCUGCAUCUGACUCAAGCAAACAUUCUUCUGACAUGAAAAGAAAACAGAAGAAAGUGAAAGUACAGUCAGAUAGUGAAAGUACACAAAGUGAAAAAGAUCUCAGAGAUAAUGUAGAUGACAUGAUUUCAUCACAGGAGGCUUUAGGUGUACUUUCUGCUCUCAAAAUGAGUCCUGCCAGAAGUGAUGUUUCUGUUUUGUCACAUAGAAGUUUGCCGAAUCUAUCAACAGUAAAAUCAUCUCAAUCAUCAGAGAAGUUAAAGUUACGGAGUAGAGAAGUGUUUGAGUUAUUAGAUGCUGCAUUUGUUCGAAAUGCACGUGAACAGGGUGCAUCGUAUACAUCUAUAGCAGAUCACUACAAGUCUCUUUACCCUACUGUUGGAGUAAAUCGAAAAAAUAUUGCUACUUUUUGUCAGAUUCAUAACAUACAUAAACAUAUCGAUGCUAGUGACGAAGAGCGUACAUUAAAGGCGUUUUCAACCAGCAAAAUUUUAAAGAAGAAACAAUCCUUAAAAGCUAGCCAAUCAGAUGACGAGUGCUUUCUGAAGAAAAUGGUUUUAAACAAAUCUGCUUCAGAUAAAGAUCUGUCAUCAAUUUGUCGCUCUUCUCCAUUGUCUUUGCCUACAACUCCUCCACGAUUGAUAAAAAGAGGACCUCACAAAUGCAAUGAAGACUGUAUUGAAGACAAGCGUAAUUUACUUGACCAGCAUCGGCUAGGAGUGUACAACUAUCUUGCAAUUCCAUUUCAACUUGGUUGGAAAAGAGAGAGCUCAAAAAAACAAUCCAGUUACCAUAGGGAUAUUUACUACAGAUCUCCAUGUAACAGAAGAAUGAGAAAUUUAAUAGAUGUUACUCGAUAUUUGUUAGAAACAAAAUGCUCUAAUGUUGGCAUUGACAUGUUCUGUUUCCAAUCUAACAUAUCUUGUCGAAAUCAAACACAAAAAUCCAAACCAGCAAUAGUGCGCAUUGAUGAUUUGUCAUAUGGGAAAGAAACGUGUCCGAUUGUUUGUAUCAAUGAAGUAAAAGACGAAUACCCUCCCUCUGUCUCGUACAUCAGUUCUCGUAUCAAAACCGAUGAAGUCUCCAUAAAUACAGAUCCAGGAUUUUUGGUUUGUUGCGACUGCACAGAUAAUUGCCAGGACAAAACAAAAUGUGGAUGUGCUCAGCUGACUAUCAACAGCAGUAAUACAAUUGACAAUAUCAUCUCACCAAAUGCUGGCUAUCAGUACAGGAGGUUGAAAGAACAUUUAACCACUGGCAUAUACGAAUGCAACCAAAAUUGCUCAUGUUCACAUUUAACAUGCUACAAUCGUGUCGUACAAAAUGGUAUUCAACUUCGCCUACAAGUUUUUAUGACUGAAAAUCGUGGAUGGGGUUUGCGUUGUGUUGAUGAUAUUCCAAGAGGGACAUUUAUUUGUACUUAUGCUGGACAAGUCCUAAAUGAACAUACAGCAAACAGAGAAGGUAUGGACUUUGGGGAUGAAUAUUUAGCCGAGUUGGACCAUAUUGAAGUUGUAGAGAAAGCGAAAGAUGGUUAUGAAUCAGAUGUACCGGAACUGCGGGACAGUAAAAAAGGUUAUGAUGAUUCAAGUGAUGACGAUAGUGAUUCUGAUACUGACAGCGAAAUAUCAGUGAUGUGUAUAUCUUCUGACAUGUCAGAUAGCAGUGACGAAGAAGUUGUACUGCUUGAUGAUGAUAGUGGUGAGGAACCAUUAUCCAAGAGAAAGAAACAAGAUAUUGAAAGCGAUAUAAAACAGCGAAGCUCUGAUUCGACCAGCACAUCUACAGGAAGUGGUGAUCAGUCACCAGCUAGUUCCAUUUUGAAAAUUGAUGAAUCUGAUGUGCUUCCUUGUCAUGUUCCGAUCAAGCGAAUCCCCAGUUCAGAUUUACCUACGAAUGCCACUUCCAGUUUGUCUGACGACAGCUCACUGACAGAUGAUUGCUCCAGUUUAACAAAUGAUGGUGCUGUAACUCCUAAAUAUAGUGAAACUGAAAAAAGUUUUCCGGAAGUUUCCAGCACACUUUCCACAAAGACAACUGGUGCUGAUACUAAACCAGUUUUCAAUACAGUUGAACCAAAGUUUCGCGAUACAAAGCCAUGCCCUCCCAGUACAAAUAAAUCAGUCAGCGAAAAUGAGACUCAGAAAUCUAGUGUAUUAGAGAACCAAUUGAUUUCUCCUGAAAAAACAAAAAGUUUCAAAGUAGGUGAAAGUAAUAAAGAGCAUUCUAAUACGAUGCCAAUUGCAUUAAAACCUGUUGCAAGGAAGAGUACUGGUCAGAAGGCAUAUGUGAAUAAGAUUGAUGGAGCAAGAUGCUUGAAAGAUGAACUAGGUAAUUUAAUUAAUGAAGAGAAAAGCUCUACUGAUAAAAUAGAUGAAAAGAAAGUAGAUAAACCGAAAACUCCUUCUACAAGACUGUUGUAUGAUGGUGAUAACCAGAUGUAUAUCAUUGACGCAAAAUCAUUUGGGAAUGUGGGAAGGUACAUGAAUCAUAGCUGUUCACCAAAUGUUUUUGUUCAAAAUGUUAUGGUUGAUACACAUGAUCUUCGAUUUCCUUGGGUGGCAUUCUUCUCGCAACAAAAUAUUCCUGCAUAUACUGAACUAACUUGGGAUUACAAUUACGAGAUUGGCAGUGUUCCUGGAAAAGAACUUAUCUGUAAAUGUGGUUCUAAGGAGUGUAAAGGUCGUUUGUUGUAGCUGCCCGUUACCCAAAAUUUUAUUCUUAUUUUCCGAAAACUUUUUAUCGAUUCUACCUGUGUUUACUAUCCUACAUAUUAUGUUUGGAAGGCCAACAAGCUAUUUUACCGACUAUAAUCUGAAGUACAGGCUCUGGUAACCAUCUUCUGAAGUACCAACACGCUAUCAAGUAUCAUUUGAAGUAUCAACGACGAAAUAUCUCCAAUAUUUAUUUAUUAUUAUUUAUAUUUUUUGCGAGUAAAUUUAAAUUUGAACAAUUUGUAUGUGACUAGAUUUUUCUUUAAAAGUUUAUCAUUGGAAUUAUAAUUCCAGUUUUUGUGUUAGUGAAACACGUGUUUGGUCUUCAAAUGAAAAAAACAAUGUUUUAUAGGAAGGCUACUUUGGCAGGGUAAUGACUUUAACACACCCUCCAUUGGCAACGGCUUUUUUACACCCUUCAUCCCUGUUUUUAGAAGUUAUACAUUUUACUUGGCGUCAGAUGUAUAUUUUCAUUGUGAAUAAUUUUAUCGUAAUACUUUUUAAAAAUAAUAAAAUUUAGAACUUA